ACAUGGACAGACGCGUGCAUGUUAAGUUAGUAUUGCUGAUAUUAACAGCAACACUGCUCUUGGUUAAUGGCUGUUCAGAUCUAGAGCAGGGUUCAGGGGCUGACAUCUCUGAUCGCCUGGGCAAGCCCAAGGCCCCAUCGGGGAAGGCUAUGCCACCUGUGAGGUUUAUACCAGGCCCCCCUGGACCAUCUGGACUUCCAGGCCUUUCAGGGCCUGCCGGAGCACCUGGUACUUCAGGACCUAAUGGACCUCAAGGACUGCCAGGUCCUGUUGGACCUCCAGGGUCUCCUGAAACAGUGCGUUUCCACUCCCAUUGCUACCGCCCAUACAAUAAACUAGGCCGUCAGGAUGGCAGUCUGGGACCACUCGUUCCAUGCAAUUACCCUCUUAAAGACGUUCACUUUGCUGGUCACCAGGCAGGAUCACCUGAUCGUCACAGAACUCAUCAUUUGAACCAUGAAAUACAAGGACAGAAGAAACAGGAAGUUGAACACAGCUGAACUCAUCUUCCCAAACAAGAUACUGUGGACUACAGCUGAGAAGUUAUGGAAGUUGGCGAAACUCACGUCAUCACACAGUAUACUCUAUGUGACUAUUUAAGAAACAUAUUAA